CUAGCUAGCCCCCAGCCCGCCUAUAAAAGCUCCAUCCACCCUUCCCUCCAGCCGAUCGGCACAACACUCUUCCCCCUCCCUCCUCCUACCCCCGGGCACAAGACAGGACUGCUCUUCACUUCGAUCCAUCAUCCCAUGGCCACUGAGCAGCACCAACUCCCGACGGCGGGCGAGGUCGAGAUGGAGUACGGCAGCCUCGACCUCAUGUCCACCGGAAGGCGCCUGCCCUCGCCGGAGCCCGUGACCACAGCCGAGAACCUCUUGGAGCGGGCGGUACGCGCCGUGGUAGCCAACCUCGACAACAACACGUUGGCCCGGCCGAGCAGUGACAACCACGUCUCCAUCCCCGUCGCCGACUGCGGCAUCUGCUAUUUGGCCUAUCUGAUAAUGACCGGCUUCCGGGUCCAUGACAACAGGGACGACAUCAGUCACAGCUCUGAGGCGCAGGUGAAAUGGAUCGAUCGAGAUUGAUAUUCAUUCUAGUUAUAGUUGGACGCUUUAUAACUUUUCAGGGAAAGUUGGCAUAAGUUUACCUUUGCUAUUUCGCAUCGGUCCCUAUGAUGUUUGUGUUUUACUUUUGGUGAUUCCCACAAUUGAGUAUUUCUGUUUGUACUGAUUUGAUAUUUGGUUCACAUGUUAUUAUUUUCAAUGUGUCGCAUGUGCUGCUUCGGUUAAAGUUCAAAUUAAAAUUGCAAACUA